UGGAGAAAUGAAAGCUGAACAUGUAGAACAUAAGAAUAUGGUCCAAAGAUUGAACUCUCAUGCUCAUUUUACCAGGCUGUCCAAUGAAUAAAGUGCGCUAAAACUGAAGGAGGUGGACUUCAUCAAAGGGAGGGUGAAUCCUACGAGUUGAGCUUCCUCCACAGCGAGUGAGAGAGCGUGAAGAAAAUCUUUACGAAGACUAGACUUUCCCAAAGUCUUUCCUCUCAGUCUCCGACUAGAACAUGGACAGGCUUCGGUGGAAACAUGCACAUCCAGCACCACUUCAUUUAUGGCACAGAAGAUGUCACAUUUGUUCCUGAAGUGACGGCUCGUUAGUUCUGUCCUUAAAUGAAAUCAACAUGGGAAAAGUGCAAUCGAAAGCCGGAGAUGUUUUCAUGGAGGCUGAGUGUAUUGGUGAAGUGGACAGAAACAAACAGGAGGGAGACACCUUUGAGGGCACAGCAGCGUCCAGCGCAAGACCUGGCGGCCCUAGAGAAACCUCCAGAGGCAUCUGCGACAAAAACGGGUGAGAGCGAGGCCUUCAACAUCACUGCCGGAAACCAGAAGCGCAGGAGGAGACGCCGCCAGUAUGGAGAGAAAGAGAAGGAAAGGCAGGUGAAGAGAAAGGUGAAGAAGGAGAGAGGGAUGAAUGCAGUAGGAAAAAAUAAAGACGAGGCUGACGAAGAAAGAGAGACACUUAACCCUGAAAAGAGAAAGGAUAGAGGACAUGCGCUGCAGAAAAAAAAAAGAGAGAUGGAGAGUCUAGAAAUUGUGAUGGAGGGAGGAAGCGAGCAUAGAGAGGUUGGAGAAAAAAAGAAAAGGAAGAAAAAACUGAAGGAGCAAAAGACUACUGAGCCAACUCCACGUCUUGUGGAGGCGAAACCUCUGCUCAUUCUAGUCACUCCUCCAGUGAGAGCUUCCUUACUGAAGCCAAUAGAAGGAAAACUUCCAGUGCUUUCAGGAGUCUGUGAAGACCUUCUUCCACCCGCUGCUCCUUCAAGCCCCUGCCUCCAGUGA